AUGAGCGCUGCCCAAGUAGCUCUCAAGGUCAACAUCGCAACACUAGAACUUGUGCGUCGGUUGCCGCUGGCUGAAUUGAGCGCUAUUGGAACGUGUCUUGCUACAGCCUUCAGCGACGACGAGGAACUUGUGAACAUUUUGUGGGUAGAGGUUGGCAACGACACAGAACGAGAAUGGCGCGAUGCGGAGCGCAGCUGGGACUGCUUUCCUGGUGGGCCAUAUCAGGCUUAUGAAAUGGAAGAACAUAGCCAUAACUCUAUGCUACGGCGGUCUUUCCGCCGCUUCGACGAAGCGGAACGCCAUCGACUUGCACACAGUGGCUUUUCUUCUAUGGCCCACUGGGCUUGUUUCCGCUAUCUUCGCCUCUCGGCGAGCAGCAACGAGUCUUUGUCACUACGUUCUGAUGUCGAAUACUCCUCACGUGGUCUGUCUCAAGCAAGCUCUGGACUACAGCAUAUCUUGGCUGCAUCGGAAACGUGCGUUCUACCAGGAAAUUCUGAUUUCUUCAUUGCUCCAUCGUCCUGGGAGGAUGAGGACCAGGACGUCGAGCUGACCGCCGAGGAGCUGAAGGCGAUUUUGCGCGCGGAGCGCCCGCCCAUGACGCCCUCUGAUUCCUCCUCGAACUACGCAGUCGAGAUGAAGGCCAUUCAGUGGCCAUUCAAAUUGAGCGGAACGUCGUCAGGCUCCUCAGACAAAAAUUUCACUCGUGGCCCAUGGUCUCCUGGCAAGGGCACUGGCCCCAUCAUGUCGAGCGAGGAGUUCGAUGCUCUGCCAGAUUAUUCUGAUGUCGAAGAUGACUCACAUUGGGACAACAGAGUGAGCCAUAUCUUGGCGUUGAAUGAGUUCGUCGAGCUUGGAGAGGUGAUCUCUGGACGGAUUUGGUGA